AUGACCUAUGUUUUUCAUCAAGACCUCUUUCAUUACUGGGAUAUUUUGCAGAAGCAUGUUCCUCGAACUUCUCAAAAUAGUUUUGUGAAAUCAUUAGAAAUCUUUUCUGUACAGAAAGGGCGGGUAAGUUUAAACCAACAUGUAAUGUAAGUAGGUUAUUAUACAAAUAAUGAAUGUUUAUGAAUGCAAUGGUAAAAAUAUUGUCAUGAGGUAAAAGAUGGAUUUUCCAUUUUACGAGGCGACAACCAAUAUGUAAUAUAAGUACUAGGUUAUUAUACAGAUAAUGAAUGUUUUAUAUGAGUGCAAUGGUAAAAAUAUUUUCAUUCAGUGAAAGAUGGAAAAUUCCAUCUUUCACCAAAUGAAAAUAUUUUUACUGUUGCACUCAUAUAAAACAUUCAUUAUUUGUUGUAUAUGACUCCAAAAUUACAAAAUUCUGAAAAUAGAUAAAUUUUAUCGAAUUUUUUAGUGAAUUAAAUACAAAACAGAUAUGUAUACCUUGUUCAAAAGUACCAACAAAAUUGAACAAAUAUUUUAUAGAAGAAUUAAUAUGAUAUUGGCAGUCAUUUAUCAUAAAAAUUGUAGUAAAAAUAUUCUAUGUUUAUGCAUGUCCGCCAUUUUCCUUUUGCAUGAGUUAUGUAUUUGACUAAAUUUCAUAGGUCUCAGUAUUGAAUUUAUAAUUAAUAGAGCUAUGAUUAUACGAUACGAAUUGGAUUUUGAAUUAUUGAAUUUAAUUAACGGUAGGAGCGUGCAACAAUUUUUUACUAUUCAAGUAGCAGAAUUGAAAUUUUAAUUGCACAUCACGCGAUCACGAUGAGCCAAUUAAAUUACCACAAUUUAAUGCGAUUUUUUAUAUAAACCCUCUCAAAGUUUACCUUCUGUAUGCUAAAACCUCCUGGUGACUUUGUUUGAAAGUUAUUAAUAGUGUAUUAGUUUUGUACAUACAGGGUAAUCAAAAAAAGGUAAACCUAACAAAAGUGUGUUUUUGCGUGCAAAAUAUUUCAUUACAUAAUGAUGCCAUUGCUAUCUGGUCAAUUAUUUACUGUGACUAACGACAGAACAGAACUUUCUUGAAAAUUUUUACAUUGUGUAUAACUACAUGUAUUUUAAUUACAGAUGAGAACGAUUAACAGCAAAACAUUUGGAAGCUCUUUCCGUGAAUGGAAAUUUUGUCAGUUCGAACUGAAGAAGCUACGGCAGAUGAACUGGAUGGAGUGUCCUGCAUGUGAACAACAGCAACACUCAGUGCACAUAGAUGGUAAUAUGAAACUUUAUCGGUACAAAUCUGCGGGGAUGUAAGUAUUUUGUAUACAGAAUAAGCACAUGACAAUGUUAUCACAAUGCAUUGUAAUUAUUUCGCAUAAUAUAGCUGUGUAUCCUGAAAUGUUCAAUGCCGUAAUUUCAAGCAGGAAGUUGUGACAUGUUUCUACGCUACCAUAGUUUCCAUUUUGUCACAUGUUUUCUAUUUAUAGUAUAUAAAAAAGUAUCUUCCCAUGUCCCAUGCUGUAACUUCCUGUAUGAUGAACUGAAUUAGGGGCUUUGCUGGAAACUUAAAGAUACAUUUACAGUAGCUAAUUUUCUAUCGUGCAGGCAGUUACAACAGCAACCCUAA